CUAAAAAUAUAAAGGUUUAGUUCGAUUUUAAUUAAGUAGCUUUGUCACUUAUUGUUCCAUCACAGAAAGUUCAGUCUAGAUGACCUUCUGCAAAAGAUGAUGCUUCUACAAAGAGAACAUGAAGAAAGAUUUCAAGACAAGGGUGGACAGAGUGAUGAGUGUGUAUGUGCCCACUGGCCUGGCUGCCUUUCCUGAUGAGCUGCUCCACUGCCCUAGGGCCUGGGCUGGCUCACGGUUUACAGAUGUGCGUUCUUUCACCUACAUGCCCCGAGGGGGACACUUUGCUGCCUUUGAAGAACCUCAGCUGAUGGCUCAAGACAUCUUUCAGUUUGUGGAGAAAGUGGAGAGCAAAGACCACAAAUAACAGCAGUAUAUUAAGAAAAUAAUGCACUGCUCUUAUCAUUUCUGUUUAGUGUCAUUAGUGCAUUUAA